UACGCACGCACGUACGCACACACACACGCACAUACACACACACACACACACACACAAAAGGGUUAAAUCAAACUUUAUUCUUGUUUAAAUAUGAUCUUUAAUAUCAAGUUGUCUUCUUUAUUCAAUAAUAACAAAUUAUCAGAAGAUAGUUUAUCAACAUCAAGUACAAUUACACCUUCAAAAUCACGGUCAUCUGCUAUUCAUUCAUUCUUGGCUGCAUUUAGUACAGAAAAAUACAUGAAUGAUCCAAUGCGUACCACAAAUCAUCCUGAUAUAGUCGGCUAUUAUUAUGAUCCAAUGAGUUGUGAUGGUCACAGAAAUCAUGUUUCCGUUGGAUAUGAUGUUACAAACACGGGUGCUUAAAAAAAAAAAGAAGAAGUCGAUCGAUACAGUCAAUAAUCAAUCACAAUUGUACAUACCUUAUUAUACCUUUAUCAUCUAUUAUUUAUUAUUUAAAUUAUACUCUUUAUUAAGAAUAAAUCUUUAUUACCUAAUCUUUAUUAUAACAUAAAGAACACGAUAUCUAGUCUAGUCUAGAUAGCAGCAGCAGCAGCAGUAACAAUACUGAUAAUAAAAAGGAGAAAAUAGACAAAAUAGGAAUUAUUAUAAAGAAGAUUCUAGAU